AUGGGUGUCCCGUCAAUCGACUGGGAGGCGGAGAGCCACCCCGCCUACGCCGACUUCGCGGCCCUCCCCUUAUUCGCCACCUUCUUCCUCGCCGCCCGCUUCCUCCUCGACCGCUUCGCAUUCGAGAGGCUAGCAAGGCGUCUGAUUUUUGGGAAGUGGGAUGCGAGGCUUGGCUCCGAGACAGAUGCAGAGAGGAUGAAGAUCAGAAAGUUUAAGGAAUCCGCCUGGAAAGGCGUUUAUUUCCUUUCCGCGGAAUUUCUGGCAUUAGCUGUGACGUACAACGAGCCAUGGUUCACCAACACAAUGAAUUUCUGGGUUGGACCAGGAGACCAGAUUUGGCCAGAUCAAACAAUGAAGUUUAAACUAAAGGGGGUUUACAUGUAUGCUGCUGGUUUUUACAUGUACUCAAUAAUUGCCCUUCUCUUUUGGGAAACAAGGCGUUCAGACUUUGGCCUUUCAAUGACUCAUCACAUAGCAUCUGUAUUUCUCAUUGUAAUGUCAUACAUAUUCAGGUUUGCACGAGUGGGUUCAGUUGUGCUUGCCGUUCAUGAUGCAAGUGAUGUGUUCCUGGAGGUUGGAAAAAUUUCUAAGUACAGUGGACGCCAGUUGCUUGCUGAUGUAUCAUUUCUUCUUUUCGUCAUUUCUUGGGUGAUCCUUCGCCUGAUAUAUUUUCCAUUCUGGAUUCUCUGGAGCACUAGCUAUGAAAUUGUUCAUAUUUUGAACAAGGAGAGACAUAAAUUUUAUGGGCCGAUAUACUACUAUGUGUUCAACUGUCUUCUGUUCUCCCUCCUUGUUCUACACAUAUAUUGGUUUGUCUUAAUGAAGCGAAUGCUCGUGAAGCAAAUUCAGUCUAAAGGGCAUGUUGGGGAUGACAUUAGAUCUGAUUCGGAAUCUGACGAGGAACGUGAUGAUUGA